UCUGUUGGCUUUAGGACCCAGUGAGUCACAUCCUGCAGCCGAACGCGGGGCCGAAUGUCCACUCCAGCGCGAGCGCGGAGCUGUCAAAGUGCGGCGCGCGCACUCGCCCCCACAUGGACACGAGCAGCGACUGCGCAAUGGAGCACCUUGUGACAGAGUUGAAUAUCCUGCUAAAGAUGCUGGACCAAGAGAACCUGAGCUCUGCUACAACAGAGAAGAAGAGAACCGUUGGAAACCUAUUAAAAGAGCUCAAGCCACCAGUGAAUGGAACAGACUACAUAUAUGUGAACACCACACUCUGUGGAAAUGGGACCAGCUUUGUGGAAUCCCUGUUUCAAGACUUUGAAAUACAAGAGAUAAAAAAUGCAGAGGAACCCGAAAGCCAGGAUAAAAGCAGCACACCAGAAAUUCCACCUUCAGAGCUGAACCCCGAAGGUCCACCAGCACCUCCCCUGCCCACCACACCUCCCCCUGAGGAUUAUUAUGAGGAAGCUGAUCCCCUGAGUCCAGGAAAAGUGCCUCAGUACAUCACUGCCACCAACUGUUCCAGCCGCCCCAACUCCAUCGAAGAUGGCUACUAUGAAGAUGCGGAUGAGAACUAUCCUUCCACUCAAAUAAACGGGCCGCACAAGAGUUCUGAUAAUGAUUCGGAUGCCCUUAGCAGCUCCUAUGAGUCGUACGAUGAAGAGGAGGACGAGGCAAAAGCUCGACGUCUAACUGGUCAAUGGCCUUUGGAGGAAGACUCCGUGGGUCCUGCGAAGGACUGCCGUAUCUGUGCCUUUCUGCUGCGGAAGAAACGGUUUGGGCAGUGGACCAAACAGCUGACGCUCGUCCGCGACAACAGGCUCCAGUGUUACAAGAAGGCCAAAGACCACAUGCCAUACAUUGACCUGCCCCUGGACCUGUGCAAUGUCAUCUACGUGCCCAAAGAUGGGCGGCGGAAGAAGCACGAACUGCGUUUCUCGCUGCCUGGCAGCGAGGCCCUGGUGCUAGCGGUGCAAAGCAAGGAGCAGGCCGAGGGUUGGCUAAAGGUUAUCCGGGAGGUGAGCAGUCAAGGGAGCGUGAAUUACGGAAUGGAUGGGUCCACCUCUCCCAUGAUUCUCCGAAAGAUGGAGCUGGACCAGCAGCACACCAUCCCACAGAGGCUGUGUGCAGACAAGCAUCCCUCUGACUCAGAUAGCGUGGCCACAGGGGACGGCACGUCCCCCAGCCGCAAGAGGGACGCUCGCAAACACGGGAAAGCAAAGCGGGGCGCUCUGUCGGAACUGACAGGGCCAAUGGGUUGGGCGGCUGGCCGUAAAAUCACACAAAUCAUCAGCUUCCCCAGGAAGAAGCUCCCGCUUCCCAGGGAUCCUCUUAAAGCCCUUCCCAAUGACAGCGAUCCUCGAUGUGGCUACCUAAGAGUGCUGACGGACCAGGGAUGGAAAGAGCGAUGGUGCUGCGUACGGGGAGGCUCGUUGUCUCUCCUCCGGAGCAGGGAGGGUCCCCACACACACAUCGGAAUGGUGCCCCUCUCAGACUGCGAGGUGGCUCCUGGACUUAGCCCUAAGCAUCCUUUCGCUUUCCGAAUCCUGCGAGAGGGCAAAGAGGUGGCCACUCUGGAGGCCAGCUGCUCUGAGGAAAUGGGACGCUGGCUGGGGAUGCUGCUGGCCGAGACGGGCAACGCAAGUGACCCCGAUGUUUUGCACUAUGAUUACGUGGAUGUGGAUACCGUCGCCAGCAUCCGAGAUGCCGUCCGCCACUCUUUCCUGUGGGCGACAUCUUCCAGCAGCGCUUCCACGGAUUCGAAGAAGUACGACGAGGCUGCUUACGAGGGAGUACAGCUCGGUGGGGAGCAGAGUCAGAAGUCCGAUUCUCGUGGAAAACGCGUCACGCAGAGAGUCGUCCUCCAGGCCCCUGGCAAGGGCCAGUCGUCCAAUACUAAUCACUAUGGCAGGUACGGCAAGACGAGGGCGGAGGAAGAUGCUCGUAGGUACCUACGUGAGAAGGAGGAGCUGGAGCAGAAGCGAGAGGGGAUCCGUAGUGCCUUACUGUCAUUACGCAAGGAGAAGAGAGAGGUUAGGGAGGGUUUAAAGAGUGCCACAGGUGAGCAAGUGAAGGCUUUGGAGCAGCGCUUAGCCCACCUUGAAGAAAGUUGUAGGGAGAAGGAGGGUGAGCGAGUGGAUCUGGAACUGAGACUCACUGAAGUAAAGGAGAACCUGAAAAAAUCUUUGGCGGGAGGGAUGCUGGGCGCACCUGUGGAGAGCAAGCCGACAAGAAAGGCUCAGCUCAGCAAGAAAAACAGCCCCAACAGUGAGGCAAGCCUUCCGGUUAACUGCAGUUCUGAAAUUCGCAAGAUCCCGGUCUCCGUGUGCGCACCCAGUUCUGGGAAUGUGAUGCAGAAAGCCAAGGAAUGGGAAUCGAAGAAGGAGAUCUAGAUGGAAAGUGUCUCUGAAGGUUCAUCUGUCUGUGGAUCUGGAUUUUGCACAGCCUUGGUUCCUUGGUCUUCAGGGUGAUGAAGACAAUCAGAUCCCAUUUUUCCUUCCCUGUUUAAGAUCAGGACCAGUCAGCAGUUAUGGCAGCUGGUUUUCAUCUGAAAUUACAGUGCAGGCAGAUAAAGUAGUGGAGGUGCAGCUGCAUGGACCAUUUUCUCUGGAAACUCUGGCCUCUGUAGCCCCAGGGUCUGUUCUGGACUUUGGCACACGUUUCGUACCGGUCAGUGUUUGAAAGAAGGGCCUUUCCUGCAAAUGAUGGACAAACCCUAGAAGAGGGCGGAAACUGGUUUUGGAGGUGAACAUUUACAGAAGGCUGUAAGAAAGUCACUCCAAUGGGUUACUAGAUGGGCAACAAAAGUUACAGAAUGGAGAGAGGGUACAUUAUUAACCAGGAACUCCACUCAAAGUCAGCAUGAAACAAGUGCUCUGAAGCUUCCUAAAUUCAGGCUCAUCGGUUACAGUACUUGUGGUUCCUAAUUUAUAUUUUGCACUUUACGUAGUUUCUUUAAUAUCAUAGGCAGAGGUAAUAGAACACUUGCUGUAAACUGUAAAUAAAAAUAUGACAUACUAAUUUUGUAAUUUACUGCAAUAUCCUCCAUCUGUUUUUUCUACCUUGUAUUUUUCAUGUAAGCUUUCAUAAAUGUGAUGUUUCAGACAAACUUGCAGUAAAAAAGACUUUUUUUUCUAUUACCCAUUUUGUAUAACAAGCAGCAGGCAAGUCCUUUAUUCAUCCGGAAAAACUUGCAGAUAAUGGUUAACCAAAGGGUCCCAUCAUCACCAUUUAAUUUUUAAACCAAAAGCAAACUGUAGGUGUUGUUAUGAAGCACUCUGGUGAACAUCGUGUUUUUCCACAUUUUGAGGUUAUAGGUUGAUCCCCAUGAGCUCCAAUCAGUCCUCCAGUGAGUCAUCCUCUCCAUGUCAGGAGUCAUCACAAGGCAAAGCGGAGAAGAUGAAACAGAUCCAUAAAUAAAAAUAACACUAUGGACCUGUUUAAAUGGUAUUCCAUCUGUUUAGAUACUGGUUAAUCGUUUUUGUCACAAAUUAUUUACACAUAAACGAGGCAAAAUACAAUAAGAAAUGUACACUCAUCCCUGUGCAGAUCCCUUUCAUCAAACAAAAAUUACCCUUGUUUUUGUAAAAGUGCAUUAAUUCAGAAAAACAAAAUAAAAUCUAACAUGAAACAGGUGUUUUCCUUGUACAACAUGAAGAACCAUUAUUUUUUGACAAAAGUGACAGAUAACACCCACCAAGGCCCGAAGACAUCUAAGGUUUGAGGCUGUAAACAUGUUGACAAAAUGUAGGAAUGUAAAACUGGGAAAUCGCGAUUUCAGUCAACAUGUUGACGCACAUAAAAG